AGCCAACGUGUAGUAUAAAGCCGCCGCGUACGGACGACGUGCUUUGCCCUGAGAUAAAAAAAUAAGUCUCUAUUCUAUUUCCCGCUUCUCCGAGCGGUAUUCUUCGUCCAACAGCACUGAAACAACAAAAAUCAAAGCCUCGACGUUUUUUAUUUCUUUUGUUCGUCGGUCCAAGUCUUUCUUCCAGAAGAAAAUAGUGCAAUAACUCCGAGAUAUUCUCUACCAAAGACUGUCAGUAACUAACUCAAAAAUGAAGCUCAACACAUCAAUCCUGUCACUUUUGGUGGUCCUUGGGGUAGCAACAACAAUUUCUGCACUCAAACCCGGUGACUGUGAAGUGUGCAUAGCAACAGUAGAGAAAUUUGCAAAGACUCUAAGCGACGAGGUCAAAAGUAAUCCUAAAAAGAUUGAGGAAGCGUUCAAAACUUUCUGUGCAAAGACAAAAUCCAAGGAGAACAGAUUCUGUUACUAUAUGGGUGGUCUUCCGGAAUCAGCGACUGGAAUUCUCGUUGAGCUAAGUAAACCGCUCUCGUGGUCACUGCCAGCUGACAAAAUAUGUGAAAAACUUAAGAAAAAAGAUGCACAAAUCUGCGACCUACAUUUCGAGAAACAAAUAGAUUUGGACACGGUUGACUUGAAGAAGCUCAAAGUGAGAGACUUGAAGAAAAUUCUGAGCAAUUGGGAUGAGUCGUGCGACGGAUGUCUCGAGAAAAACGAUUUUAUAAAACGUAUCGAAGAGCUCAAGCCAUCGAAAUACACGCCGAGUCCUAAAACCGAUCUCUGAGCGAGCAAAUCAUCAGGUGUCCUCGAAUCAAUCGCGCUUCAUUCACGACGCAUUUGCUGUUCAAAGGAUCAUUUGUUUUCUCCUAUUUUCUUUUUUUCUUUAUUUCAUAAAGAAAAACAACAUAAACAAAUAUAAGAUUAUAAUGCGUACUUCCCGAAGAGUUUUUACAUCGGGACUCGAGACGAAUCUCCGAUCACUAAAUUCUAACUUUAACCAUUUUGUUCGUUACUUUUGUCUUUGCAGACUUUUUGUUCCAUUAACGAGAGAGAGAGAGCAGAUAAUUGUAAUUGUGUUGAUAAAUUUUUUCGUCUCGCUCCAAUGUAUUCGAAGGGAGGCCGAGUUUUUAGGAGGGAAGAGAUAAAUAAUUUGUACCUGUGUAUAGUGUAUAAAUGUGAUUUUAAUCGAGAAUUUUUCCAGCCCCUUUUCAAGUCAAUGCACAAUUUUCGAACGAAAAAAGCAAAAACUAAGAAUUUUUAUCGAAAUUACGAAAAUUGACGUUUUCCCUUAAUUUUUUUAACACAAUCGUGGAAACAAGGGGAAAAAAUUUUCGGUUGAAAAUGAAUGUAUCAAUGGAAAAACAAGGAUCGGAAAACUGCAUUUUUUGACUGCCCCCCCCCCCCCCCCCGCAUUGACUUGUCUCAAUAGUAAAAUACUUGAACGAAGAAUCGUAACGUUUUCACCGACAUUUAUCAUUUUUGCAUGUCCACACUCGACACAACACACACACACACACACACACACACACACACACACACACACACACACACACAUGCAAAUACAUCUGAAAAUGAGAACAAACAAACAACACAUCAUUUUUGUUAACGUUCAUAUAUGACAAGGAAUGCGAGAAAACGUAAGUUAUCGACGAGAAUGAAUUGUUUAUAAUAAAAUCCUAUUUCCUUUA